AAGAACUUGCCAAAACUAGAGAGAAGGUAAGCCUUAUAUUUAUGUUAGCUGAGUUGGUUAUUCAUGACAUGCAUAAUAUAAUUCUCCAAAACUCAAAAUAUUUUCUUUCGACUUCGUGAUUUCUUAAUCUGUUUUGGCAACUAUGGCUGCGAAUUCAUGGACAAAUGAAGAAAACGAGCAGUUCAAGAACGCAGUGCAAGUGUUCUCUGUGUUUUCACCCAAUCGGUUCGAGCGUAUAGCCCAGUUUCUAGGGAAAUCGGUGGUCGAUGUUAUGGAGCAUUACCAGAAAAUGGUCGAUGAUCUUCUAGAGAUCGGAUCGAGUCAAAUAGCUUUAUCUAAUGGAUUGUUUGAUGCAGCUGUGCCGAGUUGGUGCCGGAUGGAGAAACUUAUAUGGAACAAAGAAGAACAUGAAUGGUUCCUGAUCGGGUUAAGGCGGUUUGGGAAAAAAUGUGACAAAAUAGCGGUUUUAGUUGUAACCAAAACCGCGAUGCAAGUGGCGAUCUAUGCACGUAACUUCUUCAAUUGGCAGAACCCAAGGAACAAUGUGAUGAAGCGGCGGAGAACCAUGGACAUAACUAUGGGGGACACCAGUGUGGACUUAUCUAGCCCACAAAAGAGGAUUAGGGGGGACAUCAAUAUGGACUCAACUGGCCAACAAGAGAGCCUCGUUCCUUUGCAGCCGCAACCACAACAGGGGCCAGUUGCGCUGGAAACCGGUCAGGAUGCUAACAUUUCUGAUUCUGAAUCGGAUAACUUUCCAUGA